UUCCUUCACCACUCUUCAUUUUUCCAAUUUUCAGCUUUCUACUCCCUCUCUCCUAAAUUCUCUCUGUUUCAUCCUUUCCUUUCUCAACCCCAUUUUGAUUCACCCAGAUUCUUUCCCUCUCAAUCAUUAAUCCUUCUUCCCCAUUCCCAAUUCGGGACUGCUGUUUUUCUGGCCGUCGGAGGCCUUUUCCUUUUCAUUUCUCCGGCUGCCAGUCUCUAUGAACUUUUCAUCAUCCACUACUUGGGAUUCCGAUAUCUUCGACGCGGCCAUAAUAUUCAGACUACGUCUGACUCAAAAACUAAAUAGUGGUGCCUGAAGAAGCAAUUCAGAUAUCUUUAUCUAUGGAAUCUGGGCAAAAGAUCGAGGCCAUUGAAUCAAAAACACAUUCUAUCAGCAGUACAAGCGGAGUUGAUCAUUCUAUUUCGAGCAAUAAAUUAGCCUCUUCUUUAUCCUCAGCAUCUGAUUCAUCCUCUGACAGCUCCUUUGAAUUGAUUGUAACUGGGCUCGACGGUUCCAUUGGUGUUGCAAGUGAUUCUUUAAAAAAGGACGAGUUGCACGUUGUAGGACGCUCGGACUCUGGAUUCGUGUUUAUUACUAGUGAUGAUGUUGGAACUCAUUCUCCAAAGACUGAUCUUCCUGGGACAGCCAAGAUACCAAGUCAGUCGUUGUCACGGUCGUCAUCGUCCUCAUCUGAAUCUUCCCUGCACGAUCAUGUGAUUGAACUCCCAAAGCCUGUGGAGCCAGAUUCGAAAAAAAGACUACCAGGUCUUAAACAUGGUGAAACCAAUAAUGUUGAAAGUAGGAAAAGUAUACAAACUUGUUCUUCCACCUCGUCUUCCUCGUCAUCCGAAUCUGAAUCUAAACAUAAACUUCAAAAGGGUAGAGAUGUUGAUAAUUUAUUGUCGAAAAAUCCUAGCUCUCCAAGCGUGGUAAAGGACAACAGGUUGGUUACAGAUUUCAGUGAUGAUGAUGUUCCCACCAGCAAUGGACAAUCAGCAGUAACUCCUACCCAUAGGGUAGACUCAAGCUCGGGUUGCGAGACACCUACUCAAUAUCCUCAAACUCAAAUGAUGGAUAGAGUUGAGGAUCCUACUUCUCCUGCAUAUAGAAUUCCAUCUCGUGUCUUUUCAAGAACUAAAUCUACAGCGCCUAUGGAAUGGAGUGUUGCUUCAAAUGAAUCAUUGUUCAGCAUUCAGAUGGGGAACAUGAGUUUUACUAGAGAACAGUUGUGUUGGCUAGGAAAAUCAGGCGAGCUAUGUAGGCCUGGUGAAUCCACAAUCGACAUGUCCCAACAUUUGGCUAUGAAAACUUCUGAUUGUGGAUUGAAGAGCAAAAGUCCAAAUGGUGAUCUAUCAGCAACUGAGGCACGAGCUGCAGAAACAAUGAGGGAGGUUAUACGAGAAAACUCAGAGAACCAACGAAAGGAGAGUUCAACACUAACGGAGUCGUCGUCUCAAUCGGCCAGCAUCUCUCAUCAGUCAGAAGGAAGCACAAAAUCUUUCCAGUUUCCAAUAUUGACAGGAGAAGGAGGAAAAAGCAUUUCAUUGAAGGGAGGCGACCUGGAGAAGGCGAAACAAGAAGGGAAACCAGAAUCACCAGAAACACCUUCAAAUCCACAAACCCCAAAAGAGAAAAAUUCAGACGAAUCGCCAAAAGCAACUACAAACACGGGGCAAAAGAGAUGGUUUUCUUGCUUUUCUUGCUGCCCGUUCUGUAGUUAAGAAGUGUACAGGUUCAUCAACGAUGCCCCUCAUUUCUUAUGCUAACUAGGAUAAUCCCAACAGGAUAGUUUGCACAGUUUAAUUAGUUCUGUUAACAACACGAGUUUUGUUUUAUUAGGCACAGUUUCUUUUUUCUCAGUUCAUGGUAACUGGCUAAACGAUCUUUGGACUCUGAAUCGAUCUUAUACGCAUAUUGUUUUGUGUGA